AUGGGGAUCCAGUUUGGUUCCUUCAACGGCAUAUGCGAAACCGCGGCUCUCGUCAUAUGUCCGCUCAUAGGCACUGCCCAGGGCAUAGAGCCUUCAUGCUACAGCAGAAAUGUCGAGAUCGGUGGCAACCUCAUAUUUCAACCAGCAACGUGCUUUAUCCAUAUAGUAGCCAUUAUCAUGACUGGCAUCAUGAUCUUCCACAUUCGGAGCAAGUACACGGCUGUCGGACGGAAGGAAAUUCUGACCUUCUUCUAUCUCUACGCAAUCAUCGAGCUGCUGGCCCUCUUCCUGGAUUCAGGCAUCAUUCCGACGGCUAAUGCUAGCUACCCGUGGUUUGCUGCAGUUUACACUGGACUCGUAGCCGGAACGUAUUGUUGCCUCCUCAUCAAUGGUUUCAUCGGGUUCCAAUUUGCUGAGGACGGUACACCAUUGUCCCUUUGGCUUUUGAGAAUAUCCAUACUUGUUGUUUGGGGCGUUUCCUUCUUCAUCGCCAUUGCCACAUUCAAGGGCUACGUUGGCUUCCGUUACACAAAACCUAUUGGUCUCUGGAUCAUAUACAUUCUCUGGCCAUUAGUCUGUGUCGUCAUCUACGUCGUCUCCCAGCUCAUCCUUGUCUUUCGCACUUUGGAAGACCGUUGGCCCAUCGGUGACAUCGUUUUCGGUACUGCAUUCUUCACAGUUGCCCAGGUCGUGCUGUUCGCGUUCAGCGUCACUAUUUGCAAUGCUGUUAAACACUACAUCGACGGACUAUUCUUCUUCACCCUCUGUAUGCUUCUUAGCGUCAUGAUGGUGUACAAGUACUGGGACAGCAUUACGCGCGAGGAUCUCGAAUUUUCUGUUGGAUCAAAGGCGACAGUGUGGGAGGUCAAAGAUCCCCUGCUCGCAGGUCCUGACUAUGGCGAGGAAGACACAGCGAGCAAUUAUCAUGGCGGCCCUCCCGCUAGUCUUGUGGGAGGAUACAGUGGGAAGCAGUUAUACCAGAAUGCAGGACCAGGUGGACGGAGUUAUCCACCACCAAUGGAGCGAUACUAG